CUCUGGCCUUCGUAGUGACAGGUGGUGGUGUCGCUCGGCUCUUCGUCAGUCUUUCCGCACUGGCUUGGCUGCAGUGCGGUACUCGAAGAGAGAGAGAAAGCGUAUACACGAAUCGGACGCGCUGUCUCGAAACUUCACGUCAUUACAGGUGAGCGUCUUUCGACGUUAUUGUCAAUCCACCGCGAACGUCAUUGCGUCAUCGAACCCUCGAUAAUUGUGAAAUAUGAAGCCCGAGAAAUUCGAAAGUGAAGGUUUCCGAAUCUGUUUGAGUUUGGUGUCCUGAAAUGCAGGAAGAGGGGGGAUUUAUCGCUACCUGGGAGAAUGAGGAAAUCCCCUUCAGGCGUUGUAAAUCUCCACUACGAGGAUUAAUCAUUGAUUUAAUAAUCUCCACACAAACAGUUCUCCAAUAACUCUUCUUCUCCACAACCAUAGCCUCCUCUUCUUAUGCUGUUGGAUAAUACAGAAAUUUGAGGCCAUGUUCACAUGGUGGAUCUCCUGGCUAUGGGCUUGGAUAUUCUGGCACUCCCUGCCCCUGGGGACCUCUAAGAGCACGCCGGUGUGGACCAUAGGCAUGACCCAGGAGGAGAUCGUCAACGGGCCCCGCUUCGGCGGUCCAGAGGAACUCGACAUCCAGGAGGAAUACGUCGGGCCUGGAAUGGGCGGGUCGGUGGUCGAGCUGACCGACAUAGAGGGCGGGCAGGUCUUCGCCACUCAGCCGACACCACAGACUGCUGUGGUUGGGUCCACUGUGGUUUUGCCUUGCAGAGUUAUCAAUAAAGUGGGUCACCUCCAGUGGACGAAAGAUGGAUUCGGUCUGGGGACAGAAAGGGGCCUUUUUGGAUUCUCCCGCUACACCAUGAUAGGCUCAGAUGACGAAGGAGACUACAGCCUCAGGAUCCAGCCAGUCCUCAUCGAAGACGACGCCCUCUACCAGUGCCAGGUCUCCGCCGGCCCUGGCGUGCCCUCCAUCAGGUCAAACCUAGCUCGCCUUACCGUCUACGUCCCUCCGGAGCCCCCGAAGGUCAAGCCCCCCGUCCUGCGGACCACGGCUGGCAUGACGGUCACCCUCGAGUGCGAGAGCCGUGGGGGAAGGCCCCCUCCCGAGAUUCAGUGGGUAGACGACGCCCUGAGGGAGAACAUCAAGAAGGGCUCCAUCCUCGCGACGGAGCCCAUGGCGGACGAGAAGAGGGUCACAGUGCGCUCCAGGCUCUCCCUCACACCCCAGAGAUUCCACCACAACUCCACCAUCACCUGCCUCACCUCUAACCAGGCACUCACCUCGCCUCUUACGAGCACGAUCAAGCUCCAGGUGCUCUUCCCUCCCGAAGUCCAGCUGAAUACGGGACCUCACGUCCUCGUCGAGGGAGACGACGCCACCUUCUUCUGCAGCGCCCAAGCCAAUCCCAAGGACGUCACCUACAAAUGGUACCAGAAUAACCAGGAGCUAAGGGACGCAACGUCCAAUACCCUAACGUUGUACAAGAUAUCUCGUACCUUGCAUGAGAGCACGGUAGCAUGUGAGGUGUCCAACACCGUCGGGACUUCGAAGAAGUCCCAGACGGUCCACGUCCAGUACGGACCGGUCUUCAGGUCCCUCCCGAAGGACGUGGCUGCCGAAACGGGUCGAGAGGCCGUGCUCAAGUGUGACGUGGAUUCGAACCCGCCUUCCACCAUAGUCUGGCUUCAAGAUGGAUCCCACAAGAUCAUCGGCUCCGGCGAGGAACACAGAGUCGUCGUGGAUCCUUCGACCGCCGGAGGAUAUCGCUGCGUGGCCAGCGUCCGAGGAUUCCCGGAGCUCCUGGGGCGCCUCAAGGUCCUCGUGAAGGGGCCCCCGACCAUCAUCAGCUCCGGAGACCAGCAGGGGCGCAUGGGAGACACCGUGACCCUGGAGUGCAGGACGGUGUCCAUACCGAGUCCUAUUAAGAUCACUUGGACUUACAAGGGGAAGCAGAUUGAUAUCAGCGAGCCGCGGUACGAGGUGGUGGAGGACGAGCAGGAUGAAGGUUUGAGGAAUAUCUUGGUCAUCCACGACGCUGACACUCGAGACUUCGGAGACUACAACUGUUCCGUCGUGAACGAAUACGGAGUCGCCAGGAAGCUCAUUCGCCUUAAUGAGGAGAAAUUAAUCAGCCUCUCAACGCAGACCGUUGAAGGGAUGAAAGAGAAACCAGGAUUGCCCGCGAGAACCGAGAGGGUACCGGUUCUCCUGAUGAUAGGCGGUGGUGUGGUUGUUGUCUUUCUCCUCGUGAUCGUCGUUUCUCUCGUCAUGUGCAACAAGAGGCGACCUCCUGACAAAGGCACCCCCGUCCCGGAGAAACCACCGGCGUCCUCGCUGGCUCCAAACAACUCCAACCCCGGGAACCUGUACUCGAUGAACGCCCACGAGAAGCACUCGCUCAUCCCCACGCCCACGGCCUCCCACCACAAGGUGUCAGCUGAGACCACACCCACGCCCUCCAGGCGCCAAUUCCACCAGCUGUCCCCGAAUGACGACCACAACUCCCGAUCCGCGAGGACGAUCAACCGCCUCAGUGGAGACUCGGACGAAAACACCUUCCUGCCAGAUCCGGAUCUGGACGGAGGACGCGGCUACGUUCCCUUCGUCGACUACAGCGGGAAGGACUACGCCCCUCUGCCCAACGGCCGCAGGGCGUCCUUCAGCGACUCGGGCCCUUACACGCACCCCAUCCCUGCGUCCUUGCAGAAUCCAGACGUCCCCGACUUCUGCACCAUCAGGAGAGGCACCAGGCGUCGUCCCGAGACGACCUCGACGUCCGACAGCGGAAGGAACCUUUUGGCGCCCGACUACCAGGACUCCCCGCCCUCAUUGAGGCACAACGGCAACGCCCACACGCUCUCGAGGCAUUCCAUCUACUCCAGCAUGCGGAGCGUUCCCUACGGGUCCCCUUCCCCGCCUUCUUACCCGCGGAGCGCGAAGUCCUGCUCGCCGCGGUCUCCGAGGAGCCUCAAUUCGCACCACCACCAUAACAGCAGCGGCGGUUCCGGAGCCAUCCUCAUCCAGGACGAGCAGCAGCAGCAGCAGAGGUCCCCAGAGACCAAGUAUAUCUUCUCGCGCGAUGCCAUAAUGAAGCCCGGGACACUGGUGUGAUAUAUAUGUGACUCUAUAUAUAUAUCUCUAUCUCUCUCUGUCUCUCUCUCUCUCUCAAUCGCUGGCAUGUCUCUGCUUCAGUUUACUGUCUACACCUUCUUCAAGGAGACUGGAGUGAUGUCUUUGCAAUGUCCUUCAAUGUUUUUCCCCUCCCUCCUUCUUUCUCUCGGGUGGUUCUCUCAGAAAACUGCGAUGUAAACACAAUAGUGGGACGUCUUUCGAAAAAUGACGUCGUUCGCUUCCAGACUGAAUCGGGAAGUUAUCACAAUAGAAUAGAAAGCUUUGGAAAAUGUGGCAGUCAGUUGGAGUCAUGCAAUAAACUGAUUUCCAGAAAUCAGGAAAAAUGAAUGAAAACAGCUUAGCAACAGACCAACCAACACAAACUCCAACUAAAGCGUCUAAGCAUUACGUGAUUUAGGAGUUUCCAAGUGUUCCAAGUGUCUGAUAAUCACUUAAAUACAGGUUUAAGUGGGUCGCUUUCCUGCAGGUGGGACUUGUCAUUUUAUUAGUAAAUAUAAAUAGCUUUUUUUUCCAAGGCUGAUAAACUAAGAUAAACCGAACUUCAUAAGAAGCGGAAUUUAUACGUACACAGAGCAAUAAGUGUUGACAAUAUCUUGUUGACCGUUUAGUGUGGGGGACUGAAAGUGAUUUUGCAGUUCUCAAGAAAAAAGAAGCAAUGAAGAAUAGUGAUUAGUGGAGUGAAGGUGAAUCAAACUUCUGAAAUAGAAAGUAGAUAAAUGAAUAUAUGUAGAAGAAAAAAUAAAAACAUGAAAAUAAAAAUAAAUACAAGUGAUGUCGAGGUAAAAACGAGAUUGCUUUUAAAAACUAAUUCAUGUUGAAAAUAGUGAAUUAUAACAGGAGUGAAUUAAAAUUCAUUUUAACUGCUUUCUAAGUAAGAACACAAAGAAAAUGAACUUCCUAAUUAAGAAAACACAAAGAAAAGCACCAAUACACUGGAAGUAAUUGAAACUUGAACUUUAGCAUAAGACAGAUUAUAAAAACUGUGAUUUACUGAAAAUAUACAUACAAAUCUCAAUGAUUCUUGACUGGAAAAAAAAUGAAAAAUAGUGAUUCCUAGGAAAAUAAAUAUAGUGUCACUGGAAUUGAAGAACAUGAAAAAUGACAGUGCAAUGGGAGAAGUGUUGUGUCAAACCAGGUUAAUUAAGAUUGCAUGUGAAAGCUAUUAAAAAAAUCCAUAGAAAUUCUCAUGUGACCCAGAAGUUUAAAUAAUGCAAUAAUAAUAAUAUAUCCCAGUAAUUUUUUUUUUACUCUACUUCAAAAAUUGAUGGCUGUAUCUCAAUAGAAAAAGAAGCUUUAAAUCACUUAGUGUAAAGGAAUCAUCUUGGUUAAGUUGAGUGCAAAUUUAGUGGUUUAUGAAGAAAAACGUUUAUUUCAUAAUAAUAAUAAUAAUAAUAAUAAUAA